UACUGUUUUCUGUUUCUUUGAGUUUCUUCUCACUUCACGUGCUUCUCUGUGCGGGAAUCACGGAGCCUCGUGCGCACCCGGUUUACGCACGGACCGAGGAGCAACAGGCGGUUUCAGUCACGCCGGGAAGAAGGAGGAUUUAACGGGGGCUUCUUCACCAAACUGCGGCUUUUGUCGUUCCGUCCGCCCCCAGUACCGGGGUAUUCAGCAUCUGGACCGCACCGACUGGAGCCGCAGUCUGACCCGGGACAUCUGCUGUCUGACCCGGGACACAGCCUCUGCUGUCUGAGCGUUUUCCCUCCAUCAUGGGCCCCUCAGCGGUCAGUGUAGGUUUGCGCUGCAGCCUGGUUCUGGUUCUGCUUCUGGUUCAGGUCCAUCCUGCUGCAGGAUACAGCCUGGAUCAGGACCACAGUCUGGAGUUCAGUGGUCCUUCCUCCUCCAUGUUUGGAUACUCAGUCCUGUUGCAUCGGCACAAAUCUCACAGCUGGUUGGUGGUUGGAGCUCCAGUAGCAAACUCGUCCUACAGUCCGUCGGUUCAUUCUCCCGGUGCGGUUUACCGCUGCAACAUCACUGCAGAGCAUCGACGCUGCCACCACAUGCGUGCUGACGUGCUGACGUGUGGGAAGACUUGUGAAGCAGAGAGUGAUCACCAGUGGCUGGGAGUCAGUCUGUCCAGACAACCUGGAGACAAUGGAGGACACGUCCUGGUAAAGCACACUUCCUCCAUGUUUAUGACGAUGACUGAUGGCUACCACCAGAGGAAGUUCGGAGAGGAUUAUGGAUCAUGUCAGGCAGGAAUUUCCAACUUCCUGACUGAGGAUCUGAUCAUCAUGGGGGCACCGGGGACAUCUUACUGGACAGGUUCGGUUCUGGUCUACAACACAUCCAGCCGAGGGAUGUCUGUGUACCUGGAUGACGAGAAUGGAGCUGUCAGCUUUGGAAGCUACCUGGGUUACUCUGUCGGAGCUGGUCACUUCUUGAGUCCUUUAAGUGUGGAGGUGGUGGGUGGAGCUCCUCAAUACAACCAGAAGGGCAAGGUCUUCAUCUUCACUGUAGACGACAACAUGCUGCGAGUCGUCUCUGUAGUGUCCGGAAAAGAGCUGGGUUCGUACUUCGGCUCCAGCGUGUGUGUGGUGGACCUGAACUCGGAUGGUUUGUCAGACCUGUUGGUUGGCGCUCCCAUGGCAACAGGUGUCACCAGAGAGGAGGGACGAGUUCAUGUUUACAUCAACCAGGGACAGGCGAAGCUACUCGAGGCAGAGUUUCAGCUGAGUGGCAGUGACGCCUACGCUGCCCGGUUUGGAGAAACCAUCGCUGACCUGGGAGACCUGGACGACGACGGUUACCCUGAUGUGGCGGUUGGUGCCCCACAGGAAGACGACCUCCGAGGAGCCGUCUACAUCUACAACGGCAGGAAGGAGGGCAUUUCACCGACUCCAUCGCAGAGGAUUACGGGAUCCACUCUGGGUCAUGACCUCAGGAUGUUCGGCCAGUCGCUGAGCUCUGGCAUUGACAUCGAUGAUAACGGCUACCAGGAUGUGGCGGUCGGGGCCUUCCUCUCGGACUCAGCUGUGGUUCUCAGGACCCGUCCAGUGAUUCAGGUGAAGGCGUCUCUGACUUUGCCCGAGCAGAUUGACCAGCGGGUGGCGCUUUGUCAUGAUCACAAGACCCCGACUGUCUGCCUUAAUGUGACCAUCUGCUUCAGUGUGAAGUCCAGGCGGUUCAGAGGACCUAUAGAUCUUCAAUAUAAUUUGACUGCUGACCUCCUCCAUAAACCGACCUUCCCUCAUCGCUUCUAUUUCCAUGGUAACGGAUCAUCCAAUAGCACAAAGGGACAUCUGAGAGCACGACAAGGCCAUCUCAUGUGUAAAACACACGUGGCUUACCAGAGGAAAGAUGUGAGGGACAUUUUUACUCCGGUUCAGUUUGAGGUUUCCUACAGUCUCAAGGACACAAACACUCACAGAGCUUCGUCCAAAACCUUCCCUGCGUUAAAGCCGAUUCUGCAGCAGAGCGCAGGACACCACAACACCAUCACCAACCAGACUUGGUUCGCUCGCUCCUGCUAUCUGGUGAACUGUUCGACCAACAUGCAGCUGUCGACGAAACUAGUGCUGCCACAUCAGCAGCGGUACUUUGCUCUGGGCUCUGGGCAGACCAUCAUGUUGAAAACCUCAGUGCUGAACUCUGGAGACGACGCCUUCCUGCCAAAACUGACACUGCGUUUUCCCAACAACAUCCACUACAUCAAAGUGUUGCAGAACGAGGAAAACAUGGUCAGCUGUGACGUCAUACAGGAGGUGAACACAACAACGGCGGGUGUCGACUGCAGCGUUACCAGCCUCCGGCUUCCAGCCCACUCCCAGCUGAAUAUCAGCUUUCUAUUGGACGUUAACCAGAGCAGCACAGCUGGUAACAUCUCCAUUCACGUCAACACCUACAGCGAUAACUAUGAGAGGGAGGAGUAUCUCCAUGACAACUCCAUGAGGCUUGUGCUUCCUCUCAAAUAUGGGAUCAAUGUCAACAUCCACGGUUUUGUGACUCCCACCUCAUUCGUGAUUGGAGAUGAAGAUUUGAUUCCAGCCAGCUGCUACUCUGAAAGAUUCAACUACACGUACAAGGUGUUAAACUCUGGACCCAGCAGGUCGGUGGACACUGUGAUUGACAUUGCAUUGCCGAAAAUCCUCGCACCUUACAGACACCGACUGCUGCAGGUGCUCGAGUGGCAGUCGUCUCAGGGCGUCUGUUCGAUCAGCGACACGACAGUUUCAGUCAACGAGGACUGUGACGUCCCUCAAGCUUCCUUCAUCAAACAGCUCGUCUUCUUCUUUUCUCCCACAUCCACACGCAGAAUGUUUUGUGGCCGUGGUGACCACCUGUGUGAGCGGUUGGUGUGUCGCCUCGGAAAUCUGGAAGUGGGGAGGGAUGCUACCAUCAAACUGGAGAUCAGCCUGAACCCUGCUGUUCUGCUGCAAGCUCCGGGUCGCCAUGGUAUCAUGUUAUUAGAGAGCACGGCAAUGAUGUCAUCUCCCAGAAAUGAUUCGAACACCAUCGUCAUCCAGGAUCAACCUAUAGCACAGGUGGUGGUAGAAGCUGUUUUUACCCAGAAACCCUCAAUGCCAGUGAAGAUCUUCAUCAUCGUCAUCAGUUUAGUUCUGGGGCUGAUGAUCUUGGCUGCCCUGAUCUGGUGCUUGUGGAAGGCUGGUUUCUUUAAGAGAGACUUACAGAAGAAGCAGGAGGAGUUCAACAGAGACAGCUGGGACUACGUUCCUAAACAGAACAAACGAGAGAGCACUACUUAACCCUGACCGUCGCCUCUGGACGUGACCUCUGACCUUACAGCAGCGUUCACACUGUAAUUGGACCACAGUUUUAAUGAGACAUUCAGUGUGUGCUGACAGAUUGGAGCGCCACGUAUUGCAGGUGAACGUCAGCAGCACCACAGGACUGAGAGUGACGGACGACAGCAAACGCCUCCUGAACACACCUGAUUCUGACUGUGACCUUUUAAAAUACUUUGCCUGAUGUGCCUUCACAAAAAAAAAGAGACUUGAUAAGUGAUGGAUGGAGAUUUUUUUUUUCCAAAAAAAGGGGAGGUGAACUUGAAGCAGUCAAACGUGGACCAAUCACAAGGCCUUGGAGCUUCCUGGGAUGUGGCACCACCGAUGACACCAGUAUGGAUGGUGCUUUUUAAGAGCUUUCUGGUGAUCUCAGGGGACGGAAAACUUGCCUCUGAUUGGCUCAUGACUCCGAAAAAAAACCUUCCUUUUGUCUGUGUACAUUGUCCUCUACAUUUUCUUCCCCUGCUGACCACGAUGCCAGCAGCCGACACUGGAUGUUGAGCAGACAGAAGAAAGUGGCGGCGGCUGGGAUGUCCUGGUACAGGGAGUAAACUGCCACGACUGCUGCCUUCUGUGGAUGUAUUUUGAAUCAAGGCAGCACAUGUGGCAAGUGCCAUCGCUAUUGUAGCCUGUUUUGGCUGUGUGAUUUGUUUGUUUUGAGUUCAAAUCACUUCAGGGGAGUUGCACAAUUUGUAGAAGUAAAUGCACACGCGUUGUUUUUUUGUUGUUUUUUAUACCGAGUUCACCGAUAAUAUGUGCUGACUUUUAAGGGACCCCAGAGGGUGAAUUACUUCCCUCACAUGCAUCAAUGUGAGGAAAUGCAGGAAUUAUAUUUUCCAUCUAGGGCAUCUUUGGCAUGUUGAUGGCGGCCAAUCACAACAUAUAACAUUUCAACUGUCAGAUGUGUAGAAAAAAAAUAAUUGUAGAAGAACAUCUCAUUUACAGCACGUGAUGUAGAUGUUUGCAGUGUGAAGGUGUCAGAAUGGGACCGAUCAGACAUGACGGAGAAAAAGAAAACAGCUAUAAAUGUUGUAAAUGAAAGAAGUGAACGAGCACACAGGUGGGGUAAAGUUUAAUUUAUAUUCCUGCAUUGAUUCUAUGCAUAGCCUGUGGAUAUGCUAUUGCUGUGCAAACACGGCAGUCUCUGUUGUCGGUAUGUAUAGUUAAAGUUCUGCAGAGAUGCACAUUGGGCUGUGGUGUAAAUAAGAUGCAGAAAUAUAAAAAAAAACUUAAGUCUGACGUUCAGGCUCAGGAAGAUAUUAUAGGAGUAAUAAUAAUAAUCACAACAAUGCACUUAGAAUGGAAAAUUAGUCUUUUGGCUAAUAAGGAAGAAAUUAAAUUGUAACGAAUGUUUUCUUGAUUUAGAUUCGAAACACAUAUAUUUACACCAAACAUGAACAGCAUUAGAGCCACUGUUGGAGUCAUCACUCCACAGAACAAAUGAUAUGAAAAUGUAUGUUAUGGUAAAGUUUUUCCACCAAACACACAAUCACAUUUCAGGCUUCUCGCUGUCUUUAAAAGCAUUUGCCUGAUUUUGAUCUGUGCUUAUUCAUUCAGAGUCCCAAGAGAUGCGUUUAGGAGAUGAUGUCAGAUCUCGAUAGACUUAAAGGUCGUGUGCCAAAGGAUGGGGGAACAAUAAUCACCAAAACACACAGUUUCUAAAAAUGCAUACCAGGUGCGGGGAAAGACUUCUGUGACUGCGUACACAAAAAGAAAAAAACAUACUUGCAUUAAUUUGGCUGCAAUCUUCUCCUAAGUAGUUUUCUCGAGCAGAGAUGCACUGCUCCCAGUGCUCCUGCCACACUUAGAACAGUCCCUAGAAGUCCCGUUUUAUAAGGAUGUGUGAUGUGCGAUGUGUGCUGAAUCUCCUCCACUGUGUCAACACUGGAACAUCCAAAUGUCAUCGCACCACAGUUUCGGUGAACUUCUUUCUCAGGACUCUGCAUUGAGAGACCGGCCCUGGAGGACAAAUUCAUGGUGUACAACCUUGUGAAUGUCAGAAAACAACAGGCAUGCUCUUGGUGCACUCCUGACCUGAUGCGCCUUCAUCAGGCUCUUUCUCUGGCUCAUCGCAGGAUGUUUGUUCUCUGCUCAAGUUGGAGGUCUGUGGUGAAACUGCAAAGGUGCACCUACCAGAGGUCAUAAAAAUGUGCUUGCAGCUGUUGAAUGCUUGCAACAGGAACAGCCUUCCAUCAUAUUACAGCGAUAGGAAGAUACAUUUUAACUGUGAUGCUCUGUGGUGUAGCUGGGCCUCAAACCCCCAUCAGCCUCAUCUUUCACUUGUUUACUAUUUCUCUGAUCUGUUGUCUGCUGUGUGGAAACAGUUCGUUCAGGGAUGUUGAAAACAGGAAGCUGUUCAAGUGUUCAGGAAAUAAAAAAGAAUGGUGGCCAGAAGAAAGCCAUGUGGCAAAGAUGAAAAAAAUGCACAGUUCUCUUCUGCUAUCCUCCUUGGAACAACUAUCAUGUGACAUCGCGCUGUUUUCAUCUUUUUUUGUUAGCAUCAUGGCAUGUCCACACAAAUGUUCCACCUGUGGAAGUUCUACAACAGCAUUGAUUUUACAUUUAAUUUAACACAUUUAAUUUAUGGAGCACUUUUCAAGAUACCGCUCCUCGACUUUGGACAAAACUACCAGCAUGAAAGUGAAGUUAAAGAUGCAACAGAAAACAGCAAUGAGUCGAGUCACAGGGUUGGAUGAUGGAAGAUUACUUGAAACCAGCAUUUUAAAAUAAAUGUUUAAGAUAAUGAGUAUUCAAAGCAUUGUUUUAUGUGUCUGUAUUCUGUGAAUGCUGACAGCUAAAACAGCAGCUUCCCUCCCCUCUGUUUAUUUAGUACAAAUGCACAUCACACAGAAAUGUGGUUUAAUAUUUUAAUAAAUUACUUUGUUGUUGCUCUUGUUUAUGUAAAGUUGUUCUGCACUGGAGUCUCACUGCUUUUGUCAACACUUUUCUAUUAAAAUAAAAGAUUUUCUAUUUAAACAA